CCACUCUCUCUCUUUCUUUCUCUCUCCUUUGUUCUCCAACUAAAAAAGAGCACAACUGUAGAUACAAGCCAUAGGCGCACACACACAAAAAAAAAAAAAGGAAAACCCAGUAGAGAAAGAGAAAGGGAAAGCGAAAAUGGUGGAUGAUUUCAUGGUAUGUGUAGACAGAAUCAUAGCAUCAGCUUGUUUUGAGUCAUCUUCAGUGAAUGAAGGACAACCAAGCUCAACAACAACGACUGGGAAUACUAAUGUUGUUGUUUCUGUUAAAGAAUCAAGUGGUGGUGGUGGUGAUGAUGAUGGUGAGAAAGAAGGAAAAGAAGGGUGUUUUUCAACGAAGCUGAAAGAGAUGGUGGAGUGUAGGAUAUGUCAAGAGGAAGAUGAUUUGCUUUCUUUGGAAGCUCCUUGUGCCUGUAACGGCACCCUCAAGUUUGCUCACAGGAGAUGCAUUCAGAGAUGGUGCAACAAGAAAGGUGACAUAACUUGCGAAAUAUGCAAACAGGUCUUUUCACCAAACUAUUCUGUUCCACCCAGAAGCAGUCCUGAUGUUUUGGCCAUUGACAUAAGGCAAGCAUGGAGCCCUCAUAUGGAUCUUCGUGAUUCACACCUUCUGGUGUUAACCGCUUCUCAAACCCAAUUACUCCAUUCAGAGUAUGAAGAUUAUGUUGCUGCAAAUAGUGGUAGCCUUGCCUGUCUUCGCUCUGUUGCUCUCAUUUUGCUUAUAAUUUUGCUCAUACGCCAAGCCCUUAUGUUGACAAGAAAUUCUGGCAUGGUGCAGGAGUCAUCAGCAUUCAUUAAUUUUCAGGUUAUGCUUCUUCAAUUUGCUGGUUUUCUUCUGCCAUGCUAUGUGAUGGCUCGCACAUGGUACUUACAAAGUCGAAGGCGGAGACAGGGUUAAACUGGCUGAAGUCAAUUUAUCUGCAUUUUCACAACGGACUGUUCUUUCCUUCCAUGCCGAGGACAGGCAAGUUGUAUUUGUAAAUGGCAAUAUCUCAAAGUUGUAUCUCCAUCAAAUAGGUGCUCUAAAAGUCUAAUGGCUGAAAUCCUUUGUAUCUCAAUUACAGAACUCGGAAGCAAAUGUAAAUGUGAUUAUGAGUUCAUUAGGAUUUUUUACUUUAUUCUGGUAAUCCUCAAAAGACCAUGAGUAUCCUAGGUAGGGUUGGCACAAUAUUGGCUUGAGACUGUAAACAGCGCUUCUGAUUUAGCAGUCUGCAGACUUAUGUAGUUUCAAAUUGACUUACAUGCUGCCUUUUGACUCCAUUGGUACUCAUGCAAUUCUGCUUAAUAGUUGUUUAAGGCAAAAACAAAGAGUAAAAUCCAUGGUUGUUUCAGCGCUCUUGAGCAGGGGAAGAUUGGCAAAAGCAUUGGUAUUUGUCUUUUCUGUUAGCAAUCUUUAUUGGAAGUUCUUUAAAGAAUUAUAUGAAAAAUGUAGCCAGGCGGACUUUCUCUUUGUGGUUGUGGUAUGUGCUGCCAGGCUUGAAUCGAUUUAGCUUGGUGGGUUGCUUGGAAUUGGACCUGUUUACCUUCAUAGCCCGUCAACACUCAACAAAACAGGCAGAGCAAUAGCCCAUUCAGCAAUGUCGUCACACUUUUUUUCUGGGCUUUGACUUUCUAUGAAAUUAAACGUUGGCAGAGAUGAAGAAUUUCAAUCUUUGUGUUGCAAAAUUUCCCAUGACAUUUAUCUCUGUACAACCAACCUAUUUAAGUUGAGCAUGAUGAAUUUGACUGUGAGACCUCUUUUUCACAGCU